AAGCUUUCCUAGGAAUGAGGGAAAAUGGAGAAACAGGCACUUGUCAGGGGACCCCCACCCUAAUAAAGAGCACUUGCUCCGCCAGAAGAGCAAACUUCAUGUCAUGUGGGCAUCCCUGGGCACUAUAGCAAGCUAGUUGCGGCCACUCCCUUGGCAUCCUUUCCUGCCAGCUGUGGAAUAAUGCCCACUGCCUAGCACUGCCCUUGCCAGGGGUUCUUGCCUUCCACAAUCGUGGCUUCCAGAAAACAGUAGCAUUCGGUAGUGCUGUGUGCCGAGACCCCCAACGAUGACUGCGGAGAGGGAGGCACCUGGGGAAGGAUCAUUAGGGAGAGGUAAAAAGCAGGGAGGCCUCCAGGAUUCUUUCCCAGUGCCCCUGGUUCCCAGAGCUGAUGAUGCCUCCAGGGUGAUUGGCAGCUCUUUGUUUCAGCCCCCCCUCACCCGCCUGCUGGUCCCCCCUCCAACUCUGUCCCUCCGCCCCCCGGCUCCUGCUCUCUCCGCCUAGCCUUUUCCCCUCCCAGCUGCCUGCCUGCCAGGGGUAGUGAGCCGGCUGAGAGGCAUGGAGACGCAGGAACUUCGGGGGGCCCUGGCUCUUCUCCUCCUUUGCUCUUUCGCAUCUGCCAGUCAGGAUCUGCAGGUAAUUGACCUGCUGACUGUGGGCGAGUCUCGGCAGAUGGUAGCUGUGGCAGAGAAGAUCCGGACAGCCCUGCUCACUGCUGGGGACGUCUACCUCUUGUCCACCUUCCGCCUGCCCCCCAAGCAGGGUGGCGUCCUCUUUGGUCUCUAUUCUCGCCAAGACAACACUCGAUGGCUGGAGGCCUCUGUUGUAGGCAAGAUCAACAAAGUACUGGUGCGAUACCAGCGGGAGGAUGGCAAAGUCCACGCCGUGAACCUACAGCAAGCAGGCCUGGCUGAUGGGCGCACACACACAGUUCUCCUGCGACUUCGAGGUCCCUCCAGACCCAGCCCUGCCCUACAUCUCUAUGUGGACUGCAAACUGGGUGACCAACAUGCAGGCCUUCCAGCACUGGCCCCCAUUCCUCCAGCGGAGGUCGAUGGGCUGGAGAUUAGGACUGGACAGAAGGCGUAUUUGAGGAUGCAGGGCUUUGUGGAAUCUAUGAAAAUUAUUCUGGGUGGGUCCAUGGCCCGGGUAGGAGCCCUGAGUGAGUGUCCAUUCCAAGGGGACGAGUCCAUCCACAGUGCAGUGACCAAUGCACUGCACUCCAUUCUGGGGGAGCAGACCAAGGCGCUGGUCACCCAACUCACCCUCUUCAACCAGAUCCUGGUGGAGCUGCGGGAUGAUAUACGAGACCAGGUGAAGGAAAUGUCCCUGAUCCGAAACACCAUUAUGGAGUGUCAGGCUUCCAUGAGCAGCGUUCCCACUGCAGCCCCAAUCCCUGCUUCCGAGGCGUGGACUGCAUGGAAGUGUAUGAGUACCCAGGCUACCGCUGUGGGCCCUGCCCCCCCGGCCUGCAGGGCAACGGCACCCACUGCAGUGACAUCAAUGAGUGUGCUCACGCUGACCCCUGUUUCCCGGGCUCCAGCUGCAUCAACACCAUGCCCGGCUUCCACUGUGAGGCCUGUCCUCGAGGGUACAAGGGCACACAGGUGUCUGGUGUGGGCAUUGACUAUGCCCGGGCCAGCAAACAGGUCAGACUGGGUAGUGUGUGUGGACAAGGAAUCUUGGCCUUGUAGAGGCCAGGGGCUUCUGGGUUGGACUUGGGAACCUUGUGAUGAAUGGGACAUGGAUGGCUUUGCAUUGGCUUUGGGUCUGGGCUUAAUGUUGAUGUUCACAGAUAAGGCCAUACCAGUGUCCUCUGCUGUAUCUGAGGAGACCCACCAUAGGUCUGGUUCCACCCAAAGUCUGCCCCUUCAGGUCUGCAAUGACAUCGAUGAAUGCAACGAUGGCAACAAUGGUGGCUGUGACCCAAACUCCAUCUGCACCAACACUGUGGGCUCUUUCAAGUGUGGUCCCUGCCGCCUGGGUUUCCUGGGCAACCAGAGCCAGGGCUGCCUCCCAGCGCGGACCUGCCACAGCCCAGCCCACAGCCCCUGCCACAUCCAUGCUCACUGUCUCUUUGAACGCAAUGGUGCAGUGUCCUGCCAGUGUAACGUGGGCUGGGCUGGGAAUGGGAACGUAUGCGGGACUGACACAGACAUCGAUGGCUACCCAGACCAAGCACUGCCCUGCAUGGACAACAACAAACACUGCAAACAGGACAACUGCCUUUUGACACCCAACUCUGGGCAGGAAGAUGCUGAUAAUGAUGGUGUGGGGGACCAGUGUGAUGAUGAUGCUGAUGGGGAUGGGAUCAAGAAUGUUGAGGACAACUGCCGGCUGUUCCCCAACAAAGACCAGCAGAACUCAGAUACAGAUUCAUUUGGUGAUGCCUGUGACAAUUGCCCCAACGUUCCCAACAAUGACCAGAAGGACACAGAUGGCAAUGGGGAAGGAGAUGCCUGUGACAACGACGUGGAUGGGGAUGGCAUCCCCAAUGGAUUGGACAAUUGCCCUAAAGUCCCCAACCCACUACAGACAGACAGAGAUGAGGACGGGGUGGGAGAUGCUUGCGACAGCUGCCCUGAAAUGAGCAAUCCUACCCAGACAGAUGCAGACAGCGACCUGGUGGGGGAUGUCUGUGAUACCAAUGAAGACAGCGAUGGGGAUGGGCAUCAGGACACCAAGGACAACUGCCCGCAGCUGCCAAAUAGCUCCCAGCUGGACUCUGAUAAUGAUGGACUUGGAGAUGAGUGUGAUGGGGAUGAUGACAAUGAUGGCAUCCCAGAUUAUGUGCCUCCUGGUCCUGAUAACUGCCGCCUGGUACCCAAUCCCAAUCAGAAGGACUCAGAUGGCAAUGGCGUUGGUGAUGUGUGUGAGGAUGACUUUGACAAUGAUGCUGUGGUCGACCCCCUGGAUGUGUGUCCCGAAAGUGCAGAGGUAACGCUUACGGAUUUUCGGGCCUAUCAGACCGUCGUCCUGGAUCCUGAGGGUGAUGCUCAGAUUGACCCAAACUGGGUUGUGCUCAACCAGGGCAUGGAAAUCGUUCAGACCAUGAACAGUGACCCUGGCUUGGCAGUUGGAUACACGGCCUUCAAUGGUGUGGACUUUGAAGGCACCUUCCAUGUGAACACAGUGACUGAUGACGACUACGCAGGCUUUCUCUUCAGUUAUCAAGACAGUGGCCGCUUCUACGUAGUCAUGUGGAAGCAGACCGAGCAGACCUACUGGCAGGCUACACCCUUCCGGGCGGUUGCCCAGCCCGGGCUGCAGCUCAAGGCAGUGACAUCAAUGUCUGGCCCAGGUGAGCACCUCCGAAAUGCUCUGUGGCAUACUGGCCACACCCCCGAUCAGGUACGACUGCUGUGGACAGACCCACGAAAUGUGGGCUGGCGGGACAAGACCUCCUAUCGCUGGCAGCUUCUGCACCGGCCUCAAGUUGGCUACAUUCGGGUGAAGCUCUAUGAGGGACCCCAGCUUGUGGCGGAUUCUGGGGUGAUCAUUGACACAUCCAUGCGAGGGGGGCGUCUUGGUGUAUUCUGCUUCUCCCAAGAAAACAUAAUUUGGUCCAAUCUCCAGUAUCGAUGCAAUGACACCGUGCCUGAGGACUUUGAGCCAUUCCGGAGGCAGCUGCUCCAGGGAAGGGUGUGAGGAGGAGGCCACCGGAUUCAGAAUUCAGAAUUUUAGACCCUUUGGCCUUGGGGUCCAUCCUGGAGACCCUGAGGUCUAAGCUACAGCCCCUCAGCCAACCACAGACCCUUCUCUGGCACCCAAAAGGAGUUCAGUCCCAGAGGGGUGGUCACCCCACCGUUCAGGGGAUGAGAAGUUUUCAAGGGUAUUACUCAGGCAUUAACCCCAGGAAAGAUGACAGCACAUUGCCAUAAAGUUUUGGUUGUUUUCUAA